CAUAUAUUACAAAUACUAAACUUUACUGACUCACUGGGAAGUACUUCUAAGCUAACUACAUAGUAGCCCCUACUAACUACUACGGCCCUGAUCACAAGUUAAAACAUAAAAUGCCAAAGCUUUAGACCACGCUCAGGAUAUCAUUUCAAGUACACGCAACAUGAAACAAGUCCAACUUAAUUGGAGUUCUAAGUCAGUGUUACUCAGGGAGCCUUCUGUACAAUACUGGUCUCUCAUCUGGUAGAGACCACACACAAGACAAGAGACAGUGUUCUGGUGACAGCAGGUGCCAAUGUCAUUAUUAUGGUCCUAAUAAUGGUGGACAUUUGAUGCAAAACUGACUUUGUUAAGGUUUUAAUUUACGUAUUUGCUCUCGUUAAAAGCAAAAAAAAAACUAGUUAAAUCACACAAUGGGUUCAAAAACUGUUACUUUUUUUGUAUAAAUUUGUAUUAAAUUUCUAUUAUAAACAUAUAUACAUUUAAGACAAGACAUAUAAAAACCACUUUGAAUACAUUUUCCUCUCUUUGUUCUCAAGAUGUAAAAUUGUAAAAAAAACGAGCCCUACAGCGUCAGGGUUAAACAGGGUUAGCCUGUAUUUAAAGAAAAAAAUCAAUAGUCGGCACCAGAUAUCAAUAUUAACGCUCUGUCCAUGUUAAGGUGAGGGUUUAAAUCAAGGCGGUUACUUAGUGGGAAUUUAAACCUAUGACAUUCUCACGUCUGACAAAGGUGUGAGCUUUAAUCCCUUUUAUCUCUUUAAAUCACUCAGAUGUUGAACUGAAGUCCCAGAGGAGAAUGUCAGUCUCGGGUUAAUCUACAUAACGAUCAUGUCUCCAUCGAGCUAAGGGAUCAAUGAUGAGGCUACGCAAAUUAGCUUUGCUUAAUUUCAAUGGAUAACAAGCAGUAAAAAGGUUAAAAACAGACGUUUUAAAUGGCUGCCCCCAAAACCCUGAGCAAGAGAACAUGCAUGGACCCAUCUAAAGAUUUAUAAUGACGCUGACUGACGGCCCUGUCUGAGCUCAGCUGCGCCAUCACUGGAGCCUGUGGAUGACGAGGGGGUGGUGUAUCUGCUCGCAGACGCUGAGACCAUGGUGAAAGCUCAGCACAGCCAGCCUGCAAAACGUGGGAGACCGCGCAAGGAUAAGGAAAGCAAGGAAAAGGGAGGCGGGGUGAAGAAGAUAAAGGAGAAAAAGAAAGAGCUGAAAGAGAAGGAGAAGAUAAUUAGGAAGGAGUCGCACCAUCGUAGAAUGAAAACUCUGGUCGUAGGAGAUGGAGACGCACUGGACUGCUGCGUCCUGCUCACGAGGUUGGAGGAGAAAGGGGUUUUUGUGGUCAAAGGUGAGGAAUGCAAACAAGAGAAGAGUGUUAAAGACAAAAAGAAGCUUCACUCAAACUUUGUUAAAGAGAGGACCAAAUCUGGACUCGAGAAAACGGCCAAUCAGCAAGCACUGGAACCAAAAAUCAACCAAUCAGACGCCUUACUCACGCUUUCUACACCUGUUCUUGAGCCUCGCAGGCGGAGAAUGGCUUCUCUUAAUGCGGAGGCUGUCAACAGCCUGCUGCUGUACCGAGAAUGUUCUGCACCAACAAACCUCACGAGGAAACAACCUUUCUCUGAGGAAACUCCUGAAGAAAUUCUCAGCAAAACUGAACAGAGAACCAAAAAGUCGGUUCCUGAAGAAAAACCUAAAAAACAGAAGAAGUCUUCAGUGGAAGCUCUUAACAUUGACUGGCUGACUUUGUUAGCGCCAACACCCCGGCGUCAGGCAGGUCUCACUGCUGCAACACUCCUAAAACUCACCAGUGCUCCUUAUGGAACCAAACGACAGAAGAAGUCAGAGCCCAAGUCGGGGAGCGGCGGUGACGCAGCAGCAACAACGACUCAGGACGAAACAAGCAGCAAAUCUUUGUGUGAAGAAAAAACACAGACCAAAAGAACAAUGCGCCCCAAACACAAGGAGCAACUAAAGCACAGACAACAGGGUACUGAGGGUCCGGUCCAUCCCCAGCCGGGGUCAAACAUCCAGGGAUGCUGUAGUCAAUGUAAGUUGGAGAGUUUGGACCCUGAGUGGAUGGACACCACGGGGGGACAGGAGUGUCUCAGACCUGCUCUCCAUUGUGGCUCUGCUCUGGGAUUCCCCCUGAAAACCAUCAAGGAGGAGCAGGUGGAGACUAAGGUGACCUCCUCCUGUUACUGCUGCACCCAGGAGCGGUGUCUCCAGUACUGUCACAGACUAGCCCUCUUCCUGGAAGACAAGCCCUACAAGGAAACGGAGGACGGCUCGUUGCCCGACAUGUUUCACCACCAUCACCACCACCACCAUCAUCACCACCACCAUCUCAAGUCACCUCACUCUGUAGCACACCCAACCACCAUCACCAUCAGUCCGCACACCUACACCUGUUUCCCCAGCUACUACGUCCACUUCACCCAUCCAGAUGCCUCCCCCUCACCCAUGUCACCACGUGCUUUGUGCCAAAAGGGUGGCAAAAGACCCAAACUUCUCCCCAGCACAAGCCCCCAGCCCUCAGGGAUAAGCCAUCCAGUCUACUGCUGCACCUCAGUGGAGGCAUGCUACGGAGAACCCUGCAGGAUCAAUAGCUACUCCACAUAUACUAAUGUGAUUCCAGCCAUCACCAGAGGAGGGUGCUCUUUCAGCCCAACAGACUGCAAUUUUACACACAGCAUCAAAAGAGACGACUACUCAUCAACUCUCAGUGAUCAUCACAGCCCUUCCUCCAUUCCCAUCUCUCCCAGUCCCAGAGUUCUCACUGGUUGUCCCAUUCCCACUGUGCCUCCAGCCGGCCAAUCCGUGCCCCACGUACAGUCUCCGCUGUCCGAUCCCAGCCAGCCCCAGCCUCCGCUGCAGGUGGCCAAGGAGUGUCCGCAGAGUGCCAAGUCACCCAGCGGGUCCAGGUCUGGUGUGCGCGGCCCAGGCGGCAUUGGCUCAGCUGUCUACUCUCCCACCAGGGAUAAGAAACAGAAGCUCAGCGCCGCCAACGGCAGAGAGCGAUCGGUUGCCAAGCAGCCAAAAAAAGCCCGGCAAAAAACUACCAACGGUUGGCGGCCAGUUGGCCUGCCCUUUCAGAAGGAGGUUUUCUCUGUGGGAGAGGAGGCUCCUGUCCUGAGGAAGUGUUUUGAGGCCGUUCGGAGAGACGACGAGCUGAUUCGAGUCAGAGACACUGUUUUGCUGAAAUCAGGACCCAGGAAGAAGUCGCUGCCGUACGUGGCUAAGAUCUCAGCGCUGUGGGAAGAUCCUGAGUCAGGAGAGAUGAUGAUGAGCCUGUUUUGGUACUACCGUCCAGAACACACACAAGGGGGACGCAACCCCGACGUUCAUUGUGAGAAUGAAGUCUUUGCAUCACGUCACCAGGAUGUGAACAGUGUGGCCUGUAUUGAAGACAAAUGCUAUGUCCUAACGUUGGCACAGUAUUGUCGAUUUCGUGCCUUUGUAAAACGCCAGAGGGAAGGCGUACAAGACAGUGCCGCCGCCCUCCUGGUGCCACCCAUCUUUGGCAACACCAUGCCCACCCACCACUGUGUGCCCGAUGACAUCGAUCCAGAGCUGGUGUUCUUCAGUCGACACGUCUACGACUUUAGAUACGGACGCCUGCUAAAGAACCUGCAGUAGCCUCUGUCAGGCGUGGUAUAUUUACACUAAGGGAUGUGCACUGAUGACACUCUGGUUUUAUUCUCCAAAAUUUUAAUACGCGUCAAACCUACCUGCUGCCUCUGCCAGAGAGGAACUGGGAAUUUAGGAGGAAGAAAUUUGCUUGUUUUCGUUUGAAAUUUCUUGAUCAUAGCCAACAUGCCGCCCAUAUACUAGUAA